ACAAGUGCGACUUCUGCAACAAGAGCUUCCGCGCGGCCUCCUACCGCCAGAUACACAUGCGCACGCACACCGGUGAGCCCCUACAGAGUGACAGACAGAAAGCGCAACUACAAGUGCGACUUCUGCAACAAGAGCUUCCGCGCGGCCUCCUACCGCCAGAUACACAUGCGCACGCACACCGGUGAGCCCCUACAGAGUGACAGACAGAAAGCGCAACUACAAGUGCGACUUCUGCAACAAGAGCUUCCGCGCGGCCUCCUACCGCCAGAUACACAUGCGCACGCACACCGGAGCAAAGCCGUACAAAUGUCCAAUUUGCGACAAAGGCUUCCGCGUGUCAUACGACAUGCGGCGGCACGUGCGCGUCGUUCACGAGAAAUCCAAACCUGAAGAUCCUAAGAAAAUUGACAAAAUCAAAAAGGAAGUGAACCAGGAUAAACCAAAGAAAAUCGUCAAAAAACCACCCAACGUCACUGUGCAAGACAAAAUCGGUUUCAAAGUGAGCGAACUCAGUACAGUAUUCGAGAAAGACGAAUACUUAGAGAAAGAAUACGCCUCGAAGAUUAUCAAGAAAGAAAAAGUUCAAGAAAAGAUAUACUUUAGGGAAAAUACAGAUGGGAAGAUGCCAGUGCUUUCCCAAGUGGAAAAAACACCAAACUUAGUGUCGUUAAGUGAUAUAAAAGGGUUGGAUAUGGGAAGGGAGAGGGAACUCCCGGGGGAGGCGAUAGAAAUGUUAGAUAAAUUGGCCUUUUAUAACAUACCUGCUGUGUGAUGUAGACCUUAUUGUAAGGACAAUAAGAGUGGUUUUAAAUAAAAUAAAAUAGAUAUUACCACAAAUAAAAGGUGAUGAACAGUGAAGAGAAACUUAAAUGGGUGUAUAUACUGUCAGUUUGGAAUGGGACAGUUUAGCACAACAUUUAAUGUUAUAAUGGUUAGUGAAUGGGUGUCUGUAAUUUUGUAUCAAUUGGGACUAUAGCACAAUGCUAUGUUAAAAAUGACAAAUGAGUCGGUGUCCACGAUUCAGUACAGAUUAAGUCAUGUACUUCUUCUUCUAGAAGCACUUUUGAAACGUCAAUACAUAUUUUUAACAUUUACCACCGCUUCGGAAAGCAGAAAAAUUACGAAGGUUUAAAAAGGGGAAAGUCGAAAAUGUUAGAAAAAGUUUUUUUUUUUUUUCACCUAAUAUAAUGAACCUAACUACUUAGGGUAUCAUUAUUGAAAAUUACGAUCUAGCCUUAUACUAUAGGCUAAUGAGUAAUAUAAAUCUAACUUAAUUUGCUAGGUAAAGUAUGUCUAAGAACGUGUCCAUUAACACUUUUCUUCAUGUCUCUAUUAAGGCGAAGACACUUCGUUCAUGUGUUCUUUAUGAAUAGCACUCACUAUAUUACACUAACACUUCACUAAUCUCAAAAGGUUUUGUCCUUUUCAGUCUUCUCACUAUGUCCGUGUUGUCAAGGAGCUGGAUAGCCUCGACGUUCACAUGGUGAUGAAGUCUGCGUUCGUGAGCUUCAGCGUUCUUUUUAAUUAUGUCCGUGACGAGAUCUACUUUCAGGUCCUGAUGUAGGUCGUCAUUUCUAAUGUACCAGGGAGCGUUUACGAUCUCCCUGAGUACUUUAUUUUGAAACCGUUGUAUGAUUCUGAUAUUACUUGGUUUGGUACAGCCCCAAAGCUGACUACCAUAAGUCCACAAAGGCAUAAGGACUUGUUUAUACAGGAGUAAUUUGUUUUGUUCUGAAAGUGAUGAAUGCUUAAUUAGCCAGUACAUGGCCUUGUAGCGAAGCUCUAGCUCCUCGCGUUUCUUUUUGACAUGAGCCUUCCAGCGAAGCUUUGCGUCAAGUGUCAUACCCAGAUAUUUAGCUGUGUUUUCAUAAGGUAUUACAUGAUUAUUUAUGUAUACCGGAUGAUAAUUUGGCUUUUUGUUUGUGAAGUCUACAUGAAUAGAUUUAGACUCAUUGAGUUUUAUUCUCCAUUUUUUCGUCCAGACAAAGAUGGUAUUAACAGCUAUCUGAACUUUUUCUACUGCUUCUUCAUGAGUAUCACCUGUGGCCAUUAUAGCUGUGUCAUCAGCAAAUGUUGCAAUGGUGUUGUUCUCUAACUUAGGAAUAUCGCAGGUGUACAAUAAGUACAGAAUAGGACCCAGAACACU